AUGACAGACUCACAGACCAAGCAGUGCACAGUGAAGGUCAAAGUCAUGGCAGAUGUCCGUAGACUGGCGUUCGAGGGUACCGACGCCAUCAUCAGGGCGAUCUACGAUAAUCUGAACAGCGUGUCAGAAAAGCCUUUGCUAGCGCAUAUGAAGAUGGCCGAGAAGAAAGAGCUCGCCAGGAAGGAGAUGGAACUCCACACGGAGCUGGAGAAGCGAAGACUUGAUCGAAUUGUCGACUCGCAGGCUCGAUCUUCUUGA